ACAAAACUUGAUUAGGAAAGUUCAGGGUGUGUUAAGUGUUUGAAGGACGAACUUCAUUAUUUAGAGAAGUAAGCAGUUCCUCGUUUGCCAGUGAAGACGGAAGAGAGGCAGCGUUACAACAUGAACCUCCAUCACAGUUUGAUCUGCUUCUCCUUCCUCGCACUGUGGGAUGGAGACACUGGUCUCAUCAAUGCACAAAACCCUGUCCGUACAGGAACUGAAGGAGGGAACAUCACAGUUUCAUGCUCCUUCUCUCUGCCUGGACUAAGGAAGAGGUUCUGUAAGGGAAACUGUGAGGAAGGAAACAUUCUGGUUGAAACAACUGAUGACACAGCUCAGAGAGGGAGAUACAGCCUCGUGUAUGAAGGAGGGAAUAUAUUUUCUAAUCACAUUAUGUAUGUGAGCAUCACAAAGCUGACUACAUCUGACGCAGGACGGUACGGAUGUGGUUUGGUCAGAAUUCUCUCCUCUUCAUACCAGGGGUUUGAGAUCAGAGUUGAUGCUGUAACCUCUGCAAAACCAACACCAGCCCCAUCAGCCUCCACACUGACGACAACUCAGAGUUUAAGCUCCACAUCUUCAUCAGCCUCCACACUGACGACAACUCAGAGUUUAAGCUCCACAUCUUCAUCGUCCUCCACACUGACGACAACUCAGAGUUUAAGCUCCACAUCUUCAUCGUCCUCCUCUGGAGCCUCCAAGCAGACUCAACAGCAACAGACAACCUCAGCUGGUCCAGGCGUGGUGCUGUAUGUGAAUCUGACUCGGGUCGUCAUGUUCAUCGUGUUAUCAGUAGCCUUGCUGAUAUUCUGCUGGAAGAGGGCCAGUAAACCUGAAGAACCUCCUGAGGAAACUGAGCAUGUUGUUUUCGCAGAGGCCAACCAAGUGUAUGAGGAGAUGAGAAGUAUAGAAAUGUCUACAGUUACUCUCACAUCGAACACAUCAAACCAAAUGGAGUCGAGACCACAGACGAGUACAGUUUAGCCACUGCAGCCAACACUGAAGACUCGAGUAAACUCACCUGCUCUGAGGUGAGUCUUUCCAACAGGACGGCGGCCUCGCUCCACAGCGCCCCCUGUGGUGACGCAGAUUACGUCGUCUACUCUGUUCCUCGGGUAGGGGCGAGUUCGGAGCGUUAAUUUGUUGUUCAUAAAUUAUAACUUACUGAAAGGUAUUUCUCUUAUACUUUGGGGUUCACACUGUCUAAGAAUGAAUAGAACAGAAGCUGUAAUUUACAUAUUUGAAUGAAAAUAAACUUGUGAUAAUAUAGUAUGUCAUAAAGAGAUAAUAUUAUAGGAUGUCAUACAAAUAGCAUAGUACAGUAUGUCUUAAGAUAUGUCUCAAAAAUCCAAUUAAUUUAAAUUAAAAGGAAAUUGAACUUAAAAUGUAAAAAACGAUAAUUAUGAAUGGAAGACAAACACUUUUCCCUUUUACAGCCUGAGAGUGCUCAAAGAAGAAUAACUAUAUAAUAAAUGCAAAUCUGUAAUUGUAGAGAAAAACUUUGCCUAUGCUAUAAUAUUUUAUAUGUUAUGUCAGAAAAUGUCUUAAAAAGUUUUUUUAAAAAGUAAAAAAAAAGUCAGAAUAGC